UUUUUUUUAUAUAGUAUUUGUUGAUUGUAAAAGAGUGAAACAACAGUAACAGAUGCGUUGGCAUCGUCGUUCAAACACGUUCAUGAAUUAUUAUUUAUACAAGCCGCAUGAGAUUGGGGUACGGAUAGUCAUUGAAAAGCUCAAACAUACCCACAUUUUCUCUUCCUCUUCAAUUAUCAUCAUUAAACAUUAAUAGCUUGUCCUUUUUUUUGUUUGUUUUGUAAAUCGUUACAAAAUCAACUUUACGAAAAUACAUUCCUUCUAGAGGUCAAAUCUUUGUAGAUGUCUUGUGACCAAUGUAAGAAUUUCAGCUCCAAACAUCCGAAAUGCAUUUAAAACACGGUAGAUGUUAUGUUGCAGUGGAGGCCAUCGUACUCAUGGGCAGAGGCAACACUCUCAUCAAAUGAUGAGACAUGUUUCCGCAUUUUUCACGUGAGGAAGAUAUUUCUUCACGCCUAUUUUUGGGGCAUAAACCUUUUUCACGGAUCGCGUGAGAGGAAACAGCAAAAGAGCAAACGAUUCAACUGACGGCUCGUCUAUGGGGGGAUGGUUGAUGAGGGGAAAGGAAGUAGAGGGUCAAAUUUACCUGGCAAACGACGGGUAGGGGGACAUAAGCAGGGAAAAUAAUUAGUUUUUUUUUUUAUUUCACGCUGUGUGCCGUCACGCACCGAGCCGGCAUGUUCUCAAAUAAACAAACAUGGCAGAUCCUUGCUCGGUCUCACUUUCACUUGUACGGAGUUCUCCUCCUGCCACUGAAACGAUCAGCUGACAGCGGGAGACCACUCAGCCAUCCUGAGCACCUAGUCAGACAGGGGAAGCAACUCGCUCGACCUUAUCGCGCCCUUCAUCACCAUCAGAGUGAAGUCUCGCCUCGUUGACUUCUGCUAACCGUCCAGACCCCAGGGCAUGGAGCCAAGGGAAUGAGGAUUUUCCCUUGUGUGGACAGGGAUCAACAUGAUGCAGCUUAAAGUUAUUCAGUGUUAAGUUUUAUGCAAGGUAGGAUCAGGACACCAGUCAAAAAAAUACAAUGAACGGCUCCUCUGUGAUUAGAUAAUCUCAGAAUGAACAACUGAAGGAGCGAGUAUGUAUGUAGGUUGUGCAAGGAAGGACAGUCCAACAUCUUGUGAAAUGAUCUCUAAAGAGACGUGCUACACUUCCAAGUGUUCUGUGAUUGGUUGAUGUCCAUGUGGAGCUGAGGCUAGUCAUCGACGACUGACCAAGAUGAUGUCCAUUCACUUUUCCGCCUCUCUGGCCAUGCUGCUGGUGGCGGCGAUUUUCUACUUGGUUGCCGUGGGAACCAAUUCUUGGUCCAGCAGUGGUCAGGUGCUAACCUUUGGCCUGUGGAAGUUUUGUAUGGAUGUAGAGGGGAACAAGGAGUGGACAUGUCUACCCAACAAGACAGACUUCAGCAUCGCUGCGCAGGCGUUCUCGAUGUUGGCCGUCCUGUGCUACGCCGUGUCCUUCCUCAUGUACCUCGCUUACAUCGUCUUUCCUUCCCUCGGUCGCUCCAGACCGCUGACCAUGGCCCUGUGCUUGCUGGGAUUUUCUGUAGUCUGCCUUCAGAUCAUGACCAUGAUCGUAUACGGAGUGAAGGUCGAGCAGUACUUCAGGCGCGUGGAGGUAGUCCACUUCCACCGCUACCUGGAGCCGCUAAAUAUAGCCUGGUCCUUUGCCUUCGCCAUCUUGUCGACCCUCAUCGCCACGGCGGCCGGUGUUUGCACUUUCCUGGAGCUGCGCAACAUCGCCUUGGCCGACAUGACCGACACUGCCAACGCCAGCGGAUAAGACAUGGAGUGCGCGUGCGUCGUGGAACACUUCCGGUCCUAAAGGUCACUUGGGUGUUGAUACGCUACAUUUUUGUGAGGUCAGCGUGAAAGCGAACUAUCAACUAUCUCCUCGAGGGACGACCAGAAGCUGGUUGGAAGUACUAUUAUCAACCGCUGCCGGUAGUGUGGAGCUAAACACGACUCUGCUUCCGGCCCCAGUGGCGGGUUACAUGUGAAGUCUUGUCGAGGUUAAGCCCAAGUUCACGUUUUCUUUGGCUUAACAUCCAAAUAUCUCUGUUGGCUUAUGUGUAUGUGAGAUUUAAAAAAAAAACGAGUCUAGUUCUCGGUCUCAAGUGUAGUGUCGACUUUUCAGACCACACUUAGCAAAGUGAGACCAGCGACUUAAAUAACUUGUUUUCAAGACCUCCCAUGAUCACCAAUCCAGGAAGUCAGGCGAUUUUUCCACAUUUUUGUGUCAACAGGAAAUUGUGGUCCAGCAGCAACAGGUUAAACAAUGAAACAACAAUUGAGGGUUUGAUGUUGCAACUUUCCUUUUCCUACAGACCUGGCGAUAGUUAUGCUGCACAAUUGGUCACUUAUAUUUUAUUAAAUAGAGUAAAGUGUAUGUGAAACCGCCCUACAACAAUGACUGAAGUCAAUUCUCUUUUGUCUAUCGUUUUUGCUUUUUAUGUUUUAGUUUGUUAGAUCGAGAAAUAUAUAUAAUAUAUCUUAUAGGUUAUUUCAUAAAUUAGCUUUGGGUUAGGAUUGCGGUUAGGGUUAAGGUUCAGGGUUAUCGUUAUUGUUUGAGAACUAAGGAAGAGAUUGCUCUUCUUCUUCCUUACAAAAAAAAGGUAUUUUGUGAUGACUACUCCAAGGUAUCCUCAGUGACAUCUUCCUCACAGGGGCUGUGACAACAGAGAAUUAUGAUGAUAACCACUGAUAACUACUCACCUUGUCACAUUCAUGUUUUGAACUUUGAAGUUAAUGGAUCGAUUAACUUUGAACUUGUGUGACCUUUAAUCACUACUAAAGACAUUAUUACAGAAUCUGGAAAGACAUCACCUGGCUAGAUAUGCUGACAAUAUAUUUUCAAUAAAUAUUUGUCGAAUACAGAAAUAUUAAUAUUGCUCUUGAUUUAUACACACUUUGUCCUUGGCAGUUCUUCUCCAAGAUCUCCACAUUUUCAUGUUUUUCAUUUGCUUGUAUAUCACAUCAUAGUAAUCGUAGCAAUAAUCACUUACUAAAGGAAGUAAAUAUUUAUGCUUUUAACUUAUAUUUUAGUGACAUGCGUGCUUGAAAAUCUUCCUGCGGACGGAUGUCUGAAGUUUUGAGACUGUGAACCCGUGCUUGUCCACAUGACCCGGCCAUCCAGCGGGUAUGCAAGGAAAUAAAAUAAAAUGUGCCAUAAACUGCUUCAAAACCUGAAAUUUUAUUUAUGUAAUUUGGAAGAGUUUUAGUUUAAGGAAACUUUCCAUAGUCAAAACACUUGUCUCGACAGAGCAAAAAUCAAUCAUUUCCUCUCGUUCUUUAUUUCCAUGUUUUCAUCUCUCUUUGUCUUCUUUCCAUAUCUUCCUGUUUUUUAACAUUUUUUUCUUGUUUAUUACAUUCUUUCUCUUAAAUCUAUAUUUCUUCAAGUUGCGCUCAAAAAUAUAUUUGUAUUGCGUGUGUAAAACAUAAUAUAAUCCGUCCAGCUCUCGACACAUGGCAUGACAAAAAGGAAGUUUUCUAUUUAUUAACAUUUUCUGAAAAAUCAUUGAAACAGCGUUUAUUUCUUGGGCUUAAACUUCCAUUGGAGAGGCACACACAAAAAUUAAGGACAUGAAUGACGAAUUAAAAUGUUUUAUGUGUGUGAAAUAAAGAAAAUUUUGUAAUUUUGUAUGCGUGUUGCUCUUUAAAGACAAAUCCAUUUUGUCAUCUGUUCCAAAUAGAGCAUAACAAUUGUCAUAAGGAGUGAGUGAGUGAGAAAUAGAGAGAAAACUGGACCCGCAGACUGGAACAGAGAAAAACAAAAUGGUGACAAGUGGAAGAAACAUUUUAU